UGUGACUCCCAGUGGGCGGGGUUUGAGUUGUUUGAGGAAGCAUAUUUCACGUCGUUCCAACAAUGCUUUUAAGUGCUAACUUUAGCGAGUUUUGUUUUCAUAUUUAAAGUUUAUUUUUCUGUGGAGAAAUAGAGGAAGAGGCCAGCAUGCUCCCUCGGGUUGUUUUUAUUAUUUUUUUAGCAUCAUGUUGCAUCGGAGAGUCCAAAACAAGAAAUGUUCUUCUAAUAAUUGCUGAUGAUGCAGGUUUCGAGACAGAGGUUUAUAACAACUCUGUGGUCCACACGCCUCACCUGCGCUCUCUGGCUCAGCACAGCGUGGUGUUCAAGAACGCCUUCACAUCUGUCAGCAGCUGCUCACCCAGCCGCUCCGCCAUCCUCACCGGCCUGCCACAGCAUCAGAAUGGCAUUUAUGGACUUCAUCAAGGAGUCCAUCACUUUAAUUCUUUUGAUGAAGUACAAAGUCUGCCACUGCUUCUCAAACAAACCAACGUACACACAGGUAUAAUUGGAAAGAAGCACGUUGGCCCUGGAUCUGUCUACCCCUUUGACUUUGCCUACACAGAGGAAAACAGCUCUGUCCUCCAGGUGGGGAGGAACAUCACUCGCAUUAAACUCCUGGUCCGCAAGUUUUUCCAGACUCACAAAGAGGAAGCCUUUCAACGAAAGAACGGGAAAGAAGCAGAAAAAAGUAACCGGGAGAAUAUAAAGAAUGAAGACAGGCCAUUUUUCCUUUAUGUUGCCUUCCAUGAUACUCAUCGAUGUGGACACUCGCAGCCCCAAUACGGAGCCUUCUGUGAGAAGUUUGGGAAUGGUGAAAAGGGGAUGGGUAGAAUCCCUGACUGGACACCACAGUAUUACACGCCAGACCAAGUAAAGGUUCCUCCUUUUGUGCCGGAUACACCUGCAUCACGAGCUGACUUGGCUGCACUGUACACCACAGUGAGCCGGCUGGAUCAGGGUAUCGGUUUAGUUCUUCAGGAGCUCAGAGAAGCUGGUUAUGAGAACGACACUCUGAUAAUCUACAGCUCAGACAACGGGAUCCCCUUCCCGAAUGGCAGAACCAACCUUUAUCACUCUGGAACGGCAGAGCCGAUGCUGGUGUCCUCUCCGGAGCACAGGGAGCGAUGGGGAGACACCAGCGAGGCCUACGUCAGCCUGCUGGACAUCACUCCCACCAUCCUCGACUGGUUCUCUGUUCCUUACCCAUCCUACAGCCUACCUGGCACCCCUGCCUCCCAGGUCCACCUCACUGGCCGCUCGUUACUCCCUGCUUUGGUAACUGAGCCCACCAGCUGGCACACUGUCUACUCCAGCCAGUCCCUGCAUGAGGUCACCAUGUACUACCCGAUUCGCUCUAUUCACCAGGUGCCGUACCACCUUCUGCACAACCUGCACUACCGUAUGCCCUUCCCUAUUGAUCAAGAUCUGUACGUGUCGCCCACCUUUCAGGACCUGCUGAACCGCACCACGCUGAGUCAGCCGACACACUGGUUUAAAAGCCUGGAGCAGUACUACUACAGAGCUCGCUGGGAGCUGUACGACACCAGGACAGACCCACUGGAAACGAAGAACCUGGUGUCAGACCCGUCCUACAGCGGCGUGCUGGAGAGCCUGAAGCAGGAUCUGCAGAAGUGGCAGUGGAAGACUGGCGACCCCUGGGUCUGUGGACCAGACUAUGUCCUGGAGGACAAACUGGAGCCGCACUGCAGACCACUUUACAAUGGACUAUGAGGGACCCUAAUGGUACCUUCAGUCAUCUUGACUGAUAAAGGUCUAUGGAUGAGGACAUUUACUUUGUAAAAUACAAUAUGUUUAUUUUUAUUUCUAAUUUUGUAUGUGAGUGAUGCUUUUAAUGCUUAAAAUAAACAAUUUCAGUUGCUUUAAUUUGUACCGUCCGCUUUAUUUUACUGCAUAAUUUAAUCGCUCAUCGUUUUUCUCCGUCUCUGUACAUUUAAGGUUCAUUUUCACCAUUUUCAUCCAGACUCUCACCAUAACCCUGAGUUAUAGAAAGGCAACAUAUUUAGACACCAUUUAACUGUUUUUGUUAUUGUUGAUAGAUUGAUCUGGUAACUGAAGACGUGGUGGAGUUCAUGACGCAUGACUGGUGAUGUCAGCGGAUCAAUCUCGAAAUGGGUUCUGUUGAAAUAGGACCGUUUUUCCUAUGAAAUCCACUUUGAAGUCAGACUGGUUCGUUAAAUCCUUGUAGGAAGCUGUUAAAACUCGUUCACCCAUCGAUCGGCUCAUCUUGUCAUUCCUGAUCCAUCUGCCUUUACUUCAAUUCAAGAUUUUGAAGCCCUUUGCUCUGAUUUUGCUUGAUGGAGCUGAUUUCUGUGAAUGAAGUAAUGAAUCGUAACUUUUCACUGAUGUGAAAACUCAACCAAGAAAUUCUGAAAAUUGGUCAGUCUGAUUAUUUUACAUUGUGAUGUAAUAAAUACGUGCAGUUAGGACA